CAAGAUCGCGGGCUUCUCUCAAGUCUUUGUCUCCCCACUGUGCACGCGAAGACUUGUUCCAUCUUCCGACGGUACCGACUCAAUACAGAACAAUGGCCACCAUGCAGAUUUCCGCCAAGGGCCUGGCCCCUCUGCGCCCCCGCGUGUCCUCGCGCCGCGUGGUGAAGCCCGUGGCCAGCGGCGGUGGCAAGACCGACAUCACCAAGGUCGGCCUGAACUCCAUUGAGGACCCCGUCGUGAAGCAGAACCUAAUGGGCAAGUCCCGCUUCAUGAACAAGAAGGACUGGAAGGACGCUUCCGGCCGCAAGGGCAAGGGCUACGGUGUCUACCGCUACGAGGACAAGUACGGUGCCAACGUGGACGGCUACUCGCCCAUCUACACCCCCGACCUGUGGACUGAGUCGGGCGACUCCUACACCCUGGGCACCAAGGGCCUGAUCGCCUGGGCUGGCCUGGUCCUGGUUCUGCUGGCCGUCGGCGUGAACCUGAUCAUCUCCACCUCCCAGCUGGGCGCUUAAGCGCUUUCCUCAAUUGUUGAUGCGAGCUACUUCAUGUAGCGCAUCCUAGCGUCAGCGUGGAUUCGCAUAGCGCAGCUGAGGUAGCGUUAAGCGUUCGCGUGCAGAGAAGACCAACUGUUUUGUGUGUGAAAAGCCAGUUUUGUGUUUCGGGUGUAUCCCGCAGUGAUGGAGUCGGAUGGAUGAGGGUGCAGAAAGAGCGGAGAGCUAUUGCUCUUGUAGUUAGGACUCGUGUACUAGUCCUCUCGCGCAGAUGAGGACACACUGAAUGCCCACGCGCAGCUUGCGCCUGUAGGCAUCUGCUUUGGCCCAUGUGCAAAGCCCCCCAAGGGCUUUGCUUUUUGAUUUUCUGAUCUCGACGGCAGUACAUACUCGCUGUAACAUACGGAUCGG